GCCCGCCAGCAGGCUCCUGCUGCCAUGGACCUGUUGUUUGGGCGCCGAAAGACACCAGAGGAACUGUUGAGACAGAACCAGCGGGCCCUGAACCGAGCCAUGAGGGAGCUGGACCGGGAACGACAGAAGCUGGAGACCCAGGAGAAGAAAAUCAUCGCAGACAUUAAGAAGAUGGCCAAACAGGGUCAGAUGGAUGCUGUGCGUAUCAUGGCCAAGGACCUGGUACGCACCCGGCGCUACGUGCGCAAGUUUGUGCUGAUGCGGGCCAACAUCCAGGCCGUGUCCCUCAAAAUACAGACGCUCAAGUCCAACAACUCAAUGGCACAAGCCAUGAAGGGCGUUACCAAGGCGAUGGGAACCAUGAACAGACAGCUGAAGCUUCCCCAGAUCCAAAAGAUCAUGAUGGAAUUUGAACGGCAGGCAGAAAUCAUGGACAUGAAGGAGGAUAUGGUAAACGAUGCUAUCGAUGAUGCCAUGGGUGACGAAGAUGACGAGGAGGAGAGUGAUGCUGUUGUGUCCCAGGUCUUGGACGAGCUGGGACUGAACCUGACAGAUGAACUUUCCAAUCUCCCUUCAAUAGGGGGCUCGCUCAGUGUGGCUGCUGGUGGGAAGAAAGCAGAGGCUGCAACCUCAGCCCUAGCGGAUGCAGAUGCAGACCUGGAAGAACGGCUCAAGAACCUGCGGAGGGACUAACUGACCCCUCCCCACC